GGUGGUGGUGACGCUGGGGAGGCAAGGAUUGGUGUUACAUUGGUUUGGUGGGCACUGGUCAGUCUUGCCACACACUCUCCUAAUAGCGAUCAGUGCAUAUUCCUGGCGGUGGUGGUGAUGUGCUUACAUUGUUUUGGCAGGGGCGCUGGGGAAGGAGGGAUUGGUGUUACAUUAUUUUAGUCAGCACUGGCCAGUCUUGCCACACACUCUCCUAAUAGCGAUCAGUGUUUGCAUAUUCCCGGCAGCUUCUUCCUCCAUCAAGCAUCACCAGAGACACAGCUACUUAAGAGCCACUGGCGCAUCAAGAUCAAGAUCAUCGACAGCUGGACCCCAACCGAGAUUUCCUUGCCUUCUCAAGAGUCUUUCUGUCGAUAUUUAGCACAAUUCCCAGCGUUUUCCAGGUGUGAAGGGAAGGUUACCUGCAAGCCAAAAUGAACCUCGCCAAGAUGCCAAAUGAUAAAAAAUUGAACCUGUGCCGGAAAUAUUAUAUGGCUGGAUUUGCCCUCCUGCCAUUCAUGUGGGCCGUCAACGCGCUGUGGUUCAUGCGUGAGGCCUUCUGGGCGCCACCCUACCCGGAGCAGAAGCAGAUCAGGCGAUAUGUGGUGGUGUCCGGUGUGGGUGCCUUGCUGUGGCUGGUGGGCCUGUUGACAUGGAUGAUUGUCUUCCAGCACUACCGAGCUGAAUGGGGUGCCACAGCAGACUAUCUCUCCUUUAUUAUACCCAAAGGAAUACCCUAGAGAGAGAGAGAGAGAGAGAGAGAGAGAGGAAGUAGAGAAAAUAUAGGUUGAUUUUGAUAUGUGAUGCUUUAAAACUUGCAUUUUUGUGGGGAGGAGUGUUUUCAGUUUGUGUUUAUGUGAAAGAGAGAGAGAGAGAAUGGGCAUGUGUGAAUGAGGCUGUGAGUGAGGGAGGGAGAGUGAAUGAAUGAGGGGGAGAGUGAUGGUAGGAAAUGUUGGUUGAAUUUAAGUUUUGUGAUUUUCUGAGAGAGAGAGAGAGAGAGAGAGAGAGAGAGAGAGUGUGUGUGUGUGUGUGUGUGUGUGUGUGUGUGUUUAUACAUUCCAUGACACUAUGUAGACAGCAAUUUUUAAAUGUAUGAUAAUAUCAAUAAUAAUAAUAAUAAAUGAUAAUUAAAAUA